UUGGAAAUAUUUGCUCUGAACUGAAAUUAUUUGCAAAAUUUCUCUAUGUCACCGUCUAAAAUAUGUGUGAACUUAUUUUAUAUUCUGAUAAAAAGUUGGAUUAUGAAGGAAUAUGCAGCAUCUUCAAGUAUCAACAAAGAUUACAGUUGAAUGAAAAUGAAAUAUAGUGGAAGAAUAUGUGUUAGGAAUAAAAAGAUACUAAUAAACAGAAGGAAAAUAUUUGAAUAUUGUAGUGACAGAGAAAAAUAAUGGAUGUUAAAUUAGAUGAGAAACAGGACCUGUGUGACACUCUCACUCAAAGUAUUUGUGUCCCUGAUGAUAGAAUGAAAAAGAAAGAAAAAGGGUUCUACCAAUGUGAUUUCUGUAAGAAGGCAUUUGCUCAGAAGUGUUACCUAACUAUUCACAAACGUAUUCAUACUGGAGAGAAACCAUACCAAUGUGAUGUCUGCAGUAAAUCAUUUCCUAGAAGAGAUAACCUAACAAUUCACAAACGAAUUCAUACAGGAGAGAAGCCAUAUCAGUGUGAUAUCUGCGGUAAAUCAUUCUCAGUAAAUGGUUCUUUAAUCAAUCACAAACGAAUUCAUACAGGAGAGAAGCCAUAUCACUGUGAUAUCUGUGGGAAAUUAUUUUCUCAAAAUAGUGAUGUAACUAAACAUAAAGUUAUUCAUACAGGGGAGAAACGCUAUCACUGUAAUAUCUGUGGGAAAGCAUUUUCUGCAAGCAGUGGCUUAACUACUCACAAACGUAUUCAUACUGGAGAUAAACCAUACCACUGUGAUAUUUGUGGUAAAGCAUUCUCUAGAAGUGGAGACUUAACUAAACAUAAACGUAUUCAUACAGGAGAGAAACCCUAUCAGUGUGAUAUCUGUGGUAAAUCAUUCUCUCAAAAUGGUGACUUGACUAAGCACAAACGUAUUCAUACAGGGGAGAGGCCAUAUGACUGUGAUGUCUGUAGAAAAUCAUUCUCUACAAUUGGUGAUUUGAUUGCUCACAAACGUACUCAUACAGGAGAGAAGCCAUAUCACUGUGAUAUCUGUGGCAAAGCAUUUUGUCAGCGUGGUGACUUAAAUUCUCACAAACGUAUUCAUACAGGAGAGAAACCAUACCGAUGUGAUAUCUGUGGCAAAUCCUUUUGUGUAAUUAGUCAAUUAAUUACCCACAAACGUAUUCACACCGGAGAGAAACCAUAUUCCUGUGAUAUCUGCGGUAAAUCCUUCUCUAAGAAUGAUACCUUAACUAAACAUAAACACACUCAUUCAGGAGAGAAACCAUAUCACUGUGAUAUCUGUGGUAAAUCAUUCUCUUUCAGUAGUAACUUAACUGUACACAAUCAUGUGCACACAGGAGAGAAGCCCUAUUCCUGUGAUAUAUGUGGGAAUUCCUUUUCUAGAAAUGAUACUUUAACUGUGCACAGACACACUCAUACAGGAGAGAAGCCACACCACUGUGACAUCUGUGGUAAAUCCUUCUCCCAAAGAAGUCACUUAUCCACACAUAGAACUGUUCAUAUAAAACAGUGACAGUAUCAUCAUCAUCAUUGUUUAACAUCCGUUUUCCAUGCUGGCAUGGGUUGGACAGUUUGACUGGGGACUGGCAUGCCAGGAGGCUGCACCAAAAUCUGGGUUCCAUUAACUCUUUAGCUUUCACAUUCUAUCAAAAAAGAAAAGGGUAAAGAUCUCCUUCAAUCAUGAAUGACCAUGGGAUUACACCUAGAAAGUUGUCUGGGGCACAAGUCUUAGCAAGGUUGUUUAUGGAAGACCAGUAGUUGCCCAUGCA